ACUGCACCAGAUGGUCGGCGAAUGGUCGAAUUGAUUUUGGGCGAAUAUUCGUGGGAGACCUUUGGAGAAGCUGAACGUCGUGUUUCUCGCUUGGCGGCUGGUCUUUUUUCUAUACUGGGCCCUGUUCGAGGAACAAAUACCCCUAUUGCCAUUUUCAGCGAAACGAGAGCUGAGUGGUUGUAUGCCGCACAGGCUGCGUUUCGUCUAAAUCGACCCGUAGUUACGCUUUAUGCGACUCUCGGCGAUGACGCACUUGUGCAUGGAUUUAAUGAAGCCGAGGUCAGCAUUGUAUUCACCAGUGAUGAACUUUUGUCCAAAGUCGUGAAAAUCGUUCAGCGUUGUCCCAGCAUUGACCGGAUUAUCUACUUCACAAACGGAGUGUUCAAUCGCGAGCUUUAUACUGAGGUGGAUAAUUUGGCCGUUCCGACCGGAAGCGCAACGGCUAGCGUGGCCGAGGCAUUGACCAAAGCUCCGGCAAGUUUACAUAUUCAUGAUGUAAUUGAGAUUGAACGACGCGGUGCGGCGAUCAUGUUGGCUGAGUGUGAGAAUAGGAAGAAACAACAGGAACCAAAUGCUGCUGGCGAAAGUGAUCAAAAGCCAGUCGAGAACAACGGGGGAAACGGAACCAACGGGACAGAUGAGGGUUUGUGGAUGCCACCUAUGUCCGAACGGCCGAAGACCACUGACUUGGCUGUCAUCAUGUAUACGAGUGGAUCCACUGGACAACCGAAAGGAGUGGAACUAACUCAUGAAUGUCUGGUCAGUGCAAUUGCUGGCCAUCUGAAACGUUUACCCAAAAUGCGAAGCAAUUACGAUAUCUACAUCGGUUACUUGCCUUUGGCUCAUGUGUUGGAAUUAACUUCCGAAUUGUGCUGCGUGAUAAUGGGUGUCCGAGUGAGUUUUUUAACUGGAUAUUUAUUCCGUUUUGCCUACGACUACAAGUGCCGCCGAAUUCAUGGCGGAUUUCCAAGCUUCCUGGUCGAUCGACUCAUCUUCCGACGUGUUCGUUCACUGAUGGGUGGGCGGAUUCGAUACAUUGUGAGCGGUGGUGCACCACUGUCGGAAGAUUCUCAAUUAUUUGCCAACAUCUGUUUGGCACCAAUCGUCCAGGGGUACGGCUUAACAGAAACCAGUUCUGCGGGGGCCCUGAUGGAAUGUGGAGACUUAAGAUGCAACCACGUAGGUGCACCGUCUCCAUCAACUCAAAUCAAACUUCGUCCAUGGCCUGAAGGUGGGUACUCACCUUACGACAAACCUUCUCCACGUGGUGAGAUUCUCAUAUCCGGUGGUCCAGUUUCGAAAGGUUAUUACAAACAACCGGAACUGACCGAGCGUGAUUUUUACAAAGAUGAAAAUGGCGUGCGAUGGUUCUGUACGGGAGAUAUUGGCCUCAUGCACACAGACGGCAGUCUGUCUAUCAUUGACCGGAAGAAGGAUUUGGUCAAGUUACAAGCUGGUGAGUACUUGUCUCUGAGCAAGGUGGAACUGGCCUUAUCCCAGUCAGUCUAUGUGGAACAGGUUUGCGUGUAUGCAAAUUCAUCUGAGCAUUACGCCAUCUGUUUCGUCUCACCCAAAUACACUGCAUUGAUGGAUCUAGCCCACCGAUUGAAAUUAGAUCAUCUCGUGGAAGAGGCGCGAGCCGGCUUUACUCCCCAACAGUUGAAAAACACAACCGUGGUGCAUCAAGCAGAACUGGCUGCACUAUGCAAGUCUCCCAUGGUGAGUUCCCAAUCAGUGCACAUUUUUUAG